AAUGCAAAUUUCGGGUUGUUUGGUUAUAUAUGCGUGACGUGUGUGUUCCCGGUCAGUAAUCCAUGGAAUUUCGAGUGUUCUUUUGUGGUCUUUCUUAACUCGCUAGAAAAAGCUCCGUUUCUCAUGAAGAUCUAGUGAGUCGAUUUGACUUCCUCCUGGUAAAACAUCCGUCGAUACUUUAACUGUUUGGGAUUGAUUAGACGCGUGGUCCCGAUCGUUUGUUUAAUAGAAGUUUGGUAAACUAUUAGUGAAGGUUAUUUAGGCAAUAUUAUUCAGAGAUUGCGACAACAUGCCUUCAAACCCAGCGUUUUCGCUCUGGAGRUGCUGUUUAACGGGAGAAACGAGUAAACCUAAGCUCAAGAAGAGAAAAGAGGCGACUCUUCCUAAAGAAAACGGUGAAGUGAGUAUCGAUGGAAAAGAAAACCUUGAUUUAGAAUACACUGACAAGGUAGACGAACCAUUAACUUCGACUCCAGCGCCAAAGGCUCACGAGGAAACAGAGAGCGGCUUUCAAGACAGCACUACAGCUGACGAUUCGAUCGCAACACCGUCUGAAGUCGAGUCGACAGUUGCUCCAAUGACCGUCCAAGUAGUCGGCGAAGAUAACACGGAUUCCAAGCCGAAGAUCACUACUGAGAUAGGAUCAGGAGGAAGAAUGCACUUGAGUUGUAAAUUAGAUAAAAAGACCAACAAACUCAACAUCAAGAUUAACAAAAUCGAGUUCGGCCCUCACCARGACUGGAAAAUGCAAGACCUUGAGGUCAGCUGUAUGUUGUUACCGAUGCAUCAACAGAGUUUCCGACGUCGCUCGAAGCGCUUCAAUGAUCCCCUCACUAUUCAAUUGCCUUCAAAGGGAAAGUUGUCAUCCUCUUCACUUCGAUUCAGGAUUUACGAUCACAAGGCAAUCACUCGGAAAUAUCUGAUCGGCCAGGGACAUGUUGGCGUUGAAAGUCUCUCGCUUUCCUCAGAUGGCUCCGAAGUGAAUCUYGUCCUGGAUCUAAAUUCCCCGGAUACCUAUGGUAUAGAUACCCGGUAUAUCUCCGAUGUGMGGAGCGUCGGGGAUGUGGCCGGGGACGCCAACCGACCGGAGAUGCUCAUCUCUCUCGAAUACCGCGCGCUCACUCGAAAGCUGAUCGUCGAGGUGGUCAAAACUCGCGGCCUUGGGUUGUUGAGCGGGAAAAAGCCACAAGAUGUCGGCGUCGAGAUCAAAUUAUUAGGAAAAGAGAAGCAACUGCUGAGGAAUUGUCGCACUUCUGUGAAAAAGCACGUGAUUGACACGGAGUUUAACGAGAUGUUUAUGUUCCGACUCAACGUUGAGAGACUUAAAGAGGUCACGCUCCAACUCUCAGUAUUGCGUUACUCUGAUAUUCGUAACAAGAAGGAGCAGAUAGGAGAGAUCUCUUUUGGAAUGGGCUCCUCUGGCAACGAACAGCAAGAGCAUUGGGACUCUAUGACCAAGGUGGACGGAAAGACCGACUACCGUUGGCAYCCUCUGUAUAAGUGAGCCUAUAGGAACUAUAUUACUGCAAGGACUCGAGUUUACUUGGAAUAAUGUACCUUUGAAUGAACUCAAUCAUAAGAGCAGAACCAUUGGUAGGGACUAUAUUAGUGCUUGCAUCAGAGCUCUAAUGGAAUAACGUAACUUUAUAUUAACUCCAUCACAAGUGAGAYCUUUGUAGGGACUAUAUAUGCUCGCACCUGCAGGCACCAUGAAAUUAUGUACUUUAAAUGGAACUUAAAUUUGGUAGGGACUAUCAUGUACUCGGAAUGGUACUUCCUGGAAUGAGAAAUAUGGUACUUUUGUCUACAUAGUAAGUACUGUGUGGUACGUAGACCAGAGGAACUCUCGUGGAAGUUCAUGAACUUUAAUAGAGAUACCAGGAAUGCAUUCGAUAAAGCGUCUUAGUUAAAUAGAACUUAGAGAUAAACUUUGCUUUUUUAAAGGCUUUGUUAAUUUUAAUUUUAAAGGUUGAUUUAUAUCAGUAACAUGAUUUUUACGUAAAUUUUAGGUUUCGACGCAAAUCCUCCUGUGUGAAGUCUCGGUUAUAGAUCGUUAAUAACGUUAAACGUACGGUUCUUACCGGACAUCGACGCUCAAAACGGUUGCAUCGAAAUGUCAAAUCUYGAGGGCGGUUGCCUGGCAGCUCGACACAAGGGAACUGGGACGUCUCCAUCGCCGCCUCCCUAAUARACCCUUUUAGCGAUCUCUUUUAACGCUGUGUUAGCCUCAAAACCAUGUAAUAAAUUCUUUUAUUCACUAACUGUUGUCUAUGGAAGUGCAAGAGAUCUGUGAGCAUUGAAGACAAUGGAAAUAGUUUGAAAUCUCACGAGUUUUAUCUACAUUUCUUAAUAUUUUAGCACACAAUUGAGACUAACACAGCGUAAAAGAGAUCGCGAAACUCAACUAUUUCCUUAUCAUAAAAGCAGCUUGGAUCAAACAUACGAAUAUCAUUUAACGGAAUCCUUUGUAUAUGGAAAUGCGAGAUCAGACCCUGGGAUACGAUACUUUCAAUAUAAAUUCUAAUAUUAAUUCAUUUUUAUUAAAAUUAGUGCAUUAGGGAUUUUAGAUGUAAAAAUAUCAUUUAUUAACAUCAAGUAAAAAUAAACAGCUCUAUGGUAAGAAUAGUAUACAAAUACAUGUCUUGAAUGAUA